UGUGUGGCUGUCCUCGUGUUUGAAAUCUACAUUCUUUUCAAACUCCUUGGAACACGUAUUGGUCGUCAGUGGCGGACCAUGUGGCUCGGACAAUUGUUGCUGUUUGGCAUCUUCUUGUCUUACCUCACGCUUUUUGCUUUCCUUUUCAUCCCCACCAAUGCUACCUGUGGGAUCAUCAGGUUUGGAAUCGGAGUUUCAUACGCGACCAUUUACUCUGUACUUUUGGUUAAGUUGAUGGUCAUCCUUACAUCGACAACGUCUGAGUCUCUGAUUCCAGGUGAUGUGGAAUCUCCCAAUUAUCUGAAGGGUAUUUACCAAUUCCUGAUGUUUAUUUUCGCAGUCGGUGUCCAGGUGGUCAUUGACAUCCAGUGGAUGAUCCAGGUGCCACCGGAGGCAGUGAAGGUAAUGACGAACGGCGGCGUGGAGGCCUGGGUCUGUAACCAUUACACCUGGUCUGUAGAUUACGGUUGGGGCGACAUGGAAAACUUUGUACGCAGCGAGUUUGAAAAUCACCUACUAUCUCUUGUUUAUGUAAUGUUCCUCAUCAUCAUAACAACCAUUGUUGCAAUGCGUGCCCACGGAAUCAUCACAAAUCACCGUGAGAGUGUGUUUAUUGGAAUCGUGGCGGGAUUCUCCAUCCCGAUAUGGAUCGCGUGGGGAUUGGUUGGCGGUCUCAAUAAGAAGCUG